UUAAAAUGAGCAAAACAAGUUUACCAUUCCAUUAACUGAUGUUAAACAGGUGGUAUAUAAAUGUUUUUCUGUCCAAACAAACCCUAGGGGCAGCCUUUGCACAUCAGAAAACUCAUACUCUCUCAUUCUUGCAUUUUUGCACUUUGCAAUUUUCUGCUCAAAACCCUCAAAAGACCAUGAGUUCUCUUGUUUGUUCCAUGAUCUAGACAGCAUUUGGAAGCUUGUUCAAGCAUCAUUCUUCACCUGUAUUGCAGUUCCAAGCUCUGUUUUCUUCAAGGACCUUUAAUGGCAAAUCGAGUUUUGGAAGUUCUCAAGAGUUGCUAAGCUAACAUACCUCAAGGAUUCAUCAUUUCAAAGCAUUAUCCUCAUCUGUUUCGAGCUGUAGCAUUCAAACAACCACUGUCCAACAAAUUUCUUCAAAAUCAAGUACACUUUAGUUGCUUUAGUUGCUUGCUUUGCUUUUUAGCAAUUGCUUUGAGGCAGGAUAGCUGAUCAAAGACAACACCGCUACUCAACGAGGCUCAACCAUCAACGCAACAUGGAUCAAGUACAAGCCGAGUUGGCCGAGAUGAGGGCAAGCAUGGCCCAGUUCAUUCAUAUGAUGCAAGGGGUCGCGCAAGGUCAAGAAGAACUCCGAGCAUUGGUCCAGAGGCAAGAAGCUGUAUUGCCACCGCCCAACCAGCCUCUGCAAGAAGGAAACCCAGUUCCUGAAGUCCCUGCUGCCGCUAUUCCCGUCAACAAUUAUGCUGUGGGUGAAGAGUUGAGGGGUAUCCGAGUUGACGGUCAACCGAUUGCUCCAGAUGCUGUUAGUGCCAGAGUCAUCCAUGCUCCGGCCCGUAAUAGAAUUCCUAUUGUUGACAGACAAGAGGAUUUGUUCACCAUGCUCAGCGAAGACGACGACAUCUUGGGUAGGAAUGAUGCGAGAGAUCGCAAAGUUGAAGCCCUUGCUGAGAAGAUCAGAGCAAUGGAAUGUCAAAACUCCCUCGGUUUUGAUGUUACCAACAUGGGAUUGGUUGAAGGACUCAGAAUCCCGCACAAAUUCAAGGCGCCGUCAUUUGACAAAUACAACGGUACCUCCUGCCCUCGCACCCAUGUGCAGGCAUAUUACCGAAAGAUAUCUGCAUACACAGAUGAUGAGAAGAUGUGGAUGUAUUUCUUCCAGGAUAGUCUAUCUGGGGCAUCCUUGGACUGGUAUAUGGAAUUGAAGCGGGAUUCAAUUCGGUGCUGGAGAGACCUGGGUGAGGCGUUCCUCAGGCAGUAUAAGCACAAUAUGGACAUGGCUCCGACAAGGACUCAGCUGCAGAGUCUUUGUCAGAAGAACAACGAGAGCUUCAAAGAGUACGCCCAGAGAUGGCGCGAACUAGCUGCAAGAGUUCAACCCCCUAUGCUGGAAAGGGAGUUGACUGACAUGUUCAUCGGUACUCUUCAAGGAGUUUACAUGGACCGGAUGGGAAGCUGCCCAUUCGGAAGUUUUUCUGACGUCGUUAUCUGCGGCGAAAGAACUGAGAGUCUAAUCAAGGCUGGGAGGAUCCAUGAUGCUGGUUCCUCAUCUUCUUCAAAGAAACCCUUCUCUGGGGCACCUCGCCGUAGAGAAGGAGAAACCAAUGCUGUACAGCACAGAGGGAGUGCGUACAGAGCUAAUACAAACAGGGACCAGUAUCGUCCGGUAGCUGCAGUGACCAUUCCUGCACCACAACCUCAUCCACAACAACAAAGAGUUCAACAACAACCGCAACGACCUCAACAACAGCAACAACAACAACAACGUCCUUUCCAGCCUCAGCAGAGACAGAGGUUGAAUCCUGAUAGAAGAUUUGAUCCUUUGCCUAUGUCUUACGCAGAGCUACUACCCGAACUACUCCGGUUAGGGUUUGUAGAGUUGCGUACGAUGGCCACUCCGACGGUGCUGCCUCCUGGCUAUGACGCCAAUGUUAGAUGUGACUUUCAUUCUGGGGCACCAGGCCACCAUACUGAAAGAUGUCGGGCUUUUCAGCACAAGGUUCAGGAUCUGAUUGAUGCUAAGGCGAUCAACUUCUCUCCAGUUCCGAAUGUGGUGAACAAUCCUAUGCCUCAGCAUGGCGGGCAUAGGGUUAACAAUGUCGAGGAUGGGGAAGCUGAAGACCUGAUUGUAAAUGUUGAAGAUGUUCAGACGUCUCUGUUGGUCGUCAAGGGCCGAUUAUUGAAGGGGGGUGUUGACCCAGGUUGCGAAGAGGGCUGUUUGGGCUGUUCAGAGGCUGUCGACGGUUGUGACCAGUUGAAGACUGGUAUUCAGAGGUUAAUGGACGAAGGUUGUUUGCAGUUCAGCCGGGCUACUAGAGAUAAUGGGGCAGUGUCUACUGUCACUAUUUUUUAUAAGCCGUCCGAAGGAAGAGGGCGUGGGGCUGUCAGUGUACCCACCACCAGCAAUACUCCGGUUACCAUCCCAACACCGGUAACCAUCCGUGCACCUACUACUAUUGUGGCGUCCGGCAGAGGACAAGUUGAAAAUAGUAGAGCUGUGCCUUGGAGAUACGACAACGCCUAUCGCCGUGAUAGGAGGGCUGGUAACCAGACGAGACCAGCUGUGCAAGCACCAGUCACUAUCAGUGCUCCUGUGAGGAUUCCUACUGUUGCAAGUCCUGUGGUGGACAAUGUUAGAGGACAAGGGGGUUUCACUAGGAGUGGACGACUGUUUGCUCCUCAGCCUUUGAGGGAUGCUAAUGCUGAAGCAUCUGCAAGGGCUAAAGGCAAACAAGCAGUGGUUGACGAAGAACCGGCUCAGAAGGAGGCCGAGGGUUCUUUUCAGAGAGAUGUUGAGGAGUUCAUGAAAAUUAUAAAGAAGAGUGACUACAAGAUUGUGGAUCAACUCAACCAAACUCCGUCAAAGAUCUCGAUACUCUCUUUGCUGAUGUGUUCUGAGGCACAUCGGGACGCUUUGCUGAAGAUGCUGAAUAUGGCAUACGUCCCGCAAGAGAUAUCCGUCAACCAGCUGGAGGGUGUACUAGCCAACGUGAGUACCAGGCACGGUGUAGGUUUCACUGACCUAGACCUAACGCCUGAGGGUCGUAAUCACAACAAAGCCUUGCACAUCACUAUGGAGUGCAAAGGUGCAGUAUUAUCUCACGUGCUAGUGGACACCGGGUCGUCCCUGAAUGUCCUGCCGAAGCAAAUCUUAAAGAAGAUCGAUGUCGAGGGAGUUGUGCUCACUCCCAGUGACCUUAUUGUGCGUGCUUUCGACGGAUCCAAACGGUCUGUGUUUGGUGAAGUCACCUUGCCGGUGAAGAUAGGUCCGGAGACCUUCGACAUCGUGUUCUACGUGAUGGACAUUCAGCCUGCUUAUAGCUGUCUGUUGGGGCGUCCGUGGAUUCAUGCAGCUGGAGCGGUCUCGUCGACUCUCCAUCAGAAGCUCAAGUAUGUCUGGAACGGUCAGAUCGUGACCGUCUGUGGUGAAGAGGAGAUUCUGGUGAGUCAUCUUUCCUCAUUCAAGUAUGUGGAGGUGGAUGGCGAGAUCCACGAGACCCUGUGCCAGGCAUUCGAGACUGUGGCGUUGGAAGGGGUUGCUUGUGCUGAGCAGAGGAAGCCGGGUGCUUCGAUUUCGUCAUACAAGCAAGCCAAAGAGGUCGUAGACUCUGGCAAAGCUGAAGGCUGGGGCAAGAUGGUUGACUUGCCAAUCAAAGAAGACAAAUUCGGCAUUGGGUACGAGCCUCUCCCAGCAGAGCAGCAUGUACAAGCAGGUCCGAGCACCUUCACCAGCGCUGGGCUGAUGAACCACGGAGAUGUCUUUGCUACUGGUGGUGAAGACAGUGAUCAUGAUUUGGAUGUCUGGGUCCGCCCUUGUGCACCAGGCGAGGUUAUCAACAAUUGGACGGCUGAAGAAGUGGUCCAAGUUACUCUACUGACAGAGUAAUUUUCCUUUGUUUUUUCAUUUUGCAUGAAAACCCUACGUUCUGCCCAAGGCGUAGUGGUUCAUUGUAGGGCCACAUCAU